UUGAAAAGCGUUCUUAUGUGAGCGCGUGGCGCCACCGCGCGGCCAGGCGUCGCAACUGCAGCGUCACUGUUGCGAGGCAACACUCCCAACAAACGCKGCUUUCUGCCUUCCGCUUCUCUGCUUUCUUCUAAACAUGUCGAGAAAAGAGGACGUGGAUUACGUUCGUGACAAGAUUCACACCGAGAUGAUAAGAAAAGAGCUGAGACUGCAGAAACUGCACACCGAGUUCCACAUCAACCCUUUCAGGAAACUACACAUCCUCCCAGAUAAGCCUUUGUCCCGGAAACAAGCUGAACUAGUUGCAGAGGACCCUGGGUUUAUUGAGUCUUAUAAACGAGCUCAGAUGGAACCGAUGAAAAAAUACCCGYGUCCAGUCACAGAAAGUCAGGAGGUCGGAUGGAUUUUAGCUUCACAGAUCACGUCGUUCUCCCACGACCCUCGAUUUGAUUUUCGGCGAGCUACCUCAGACGUCACCAAACUCUCCACAUUUGCUCUGCGACGUUCAAAAACAACCAAAGUCACCCGCGGGCAGGAUGCGGCCCGUGAGCCACCAGUUGAAUAGCCCUGCAUUUGUUUUGAAUUACAAACACACGUAAACACAAUACAAACAUUUUCUUUUUCUACUUUUAUCUUUGCAAAGUAAAAACAAGUUUAUACAGGCUGCGUUCACUGUGACAUACUAACCAUAUUAAUGACGGAAAGAGCAAAGCUGACAGCAGCUCAAUAAAACAAAUUGUCAUGUCAGGAGCAGUGUGAGGGGAAAACCUCAGAAUACACAGUAUCCAUUGGUAAGCAGAAAGARUGGUGCACACACUGAUGUGUAAUUACAGAAAGUGAUUAAAACCACCUUGUAAAGUCUGUGGAGACACAAGUCAUCACAAUAAAAACUGCUUUAUGAUGGGUUUUUUCAAGUUGUAAAACAUUUUUUAUCUUGACAAGAGGUCUUCUUUUCUGUCGCUCCAAGAGUUUAUAAAGUCCUCCACUCUGAUCCACAUUUAAAGAGAUCCAUGAUUAGUUAUAACAUUAGACUUUAUUUAAUAAACAUAUAUUUUAA